AUGAUUGCACCAACGACGCCUCGCGAAGUGCGCAUCGUGGAAGUUGGGCCCCGCGACGGACUCCAAAACAUCGCCGAGCAGAUCCCCACCGCGACAAAGCUGGACUUGAUCCGUCGGCUGGAAGGAUCCGGUCUGCGGACGAUCGAGUUGACCUCUGUAGUGUCUCCCCGUGCGAUCCCCCAGUUGGCCGAUUGUCGUGAAGUCCUCGGUAGUGCUGAGGUCAAGGCGUUGUUACAGAAUCCCGUGUUGCGCCUGCCGGUUCUAGUCCCGAAUGUGAAGGGCCUAGAGAUUGCGAUUCAACACGGUGUGAGGGAGAUUGCGGUUUUUAUUAGCGCUACGGAGGGCUUCAGUCGUGCAAAUAUCAAUUGCUCGGUCGAACAAGGGAUGGAAAGGGCCCGGGAAGUCGCCGCAUUGGCAUUGAAGUCGAACGUUGCAGUACGAGGGUACGUCUCCUGCAUUUUCGCAGAUCCAUACGACGGCACAACCCCAGAGCAAGCCGUCCUGAGCUGCAUCAAGGCUCUUCUUCAUGCCGGAUGCUAUGAGGUCAGCCUCGGCGACACACUCGGCAUUGGCUCGCCUGCCAGCGUGCGCCGUCUAAUAACCUACUUGACCAAACACGGGGUGCCCCUAGCCAAACUAGCCGGCCAUUUCCACGACACAUACGGCCAAGCCGUCGCCAAUGUCUGGGAAGCAUAUAACUGCGGAAUGCGCGUGUUCGACAGCAGCGUCGGCGGCCUCGGCGGGUGCCCUUUUGCUCCCGGCGCGAAAGGCAACGUCGCCUCAGAGGAUCUGGUGUACAUGUUUCACAACGCUGGAGUCAGCACGGGCAUUGACCUGACCCGGCUCGUGGAUACGGGUGUGUGGAUCUCAAAGCAGCUGAAGAAGCCUAACUCCAGUCGUGCCGGCAAUGCAUUCGCGAUUAAGGCCCAGCCAGCACCAUCACUUCCCCCCAGAUCAAAGCCACAACAUAUGCCCCUGCAGUGGACUCUCCUCUCAGAACCAGACGGCCUAGAACUCUACCGCUCCGGCGUGAACCUGAAAAUCGUGCUGAGCCGCCCGAAAAACGGCAACGCCCUAACUUUAUCCAUGAUCGAGGCUCUCACGACGGUCAUCAACGAUGCAAGUAGAGACCCACAGACCGCGCGCAUCGUCAUCACGGGCGUCGGCCGAUUCUUUUGUACAGGCAUGGAUUUGGGGCAAGGGAGUACGCCCGUGGCGCAGGGCAGUUCGACGAGUGACGCGCAGUUUAUGCGGUUGACCGCGUUGUUCGAGGCCAUUGACCGCUCGCCAAAGGUGACUAUUGCAUGUAUUAAUGGACCGGCGUUCGGGGGUGGGGUUGGACUCGCGUUCUCGUGCGAUAUCCGGCUUUGUGCACGGAACGCGAUCAUGACACUGAGCGAAGUGAAGCUGGGACUGUGCGCGGCCACGAUCUCGAAAUAUGUGAUUCGGGAAUGGGGCGUAGCGUUUGCGCGCGAGGCGAUGCUCUCUGCGAGGCCGGUCGCACCCGCGGAAUUGAAGGCCCGCGGUCUAAUUUCUGAUGUCUUGCAGAGUUUGGAACAGUUAGAUGAGCGACUGGAUAGUCUGUUGGGAGAGUUGCGAGUGGCGUCGCCAGACGCUUCGCGAAUGUCGAAAGAUCUGGUCAAACUCGCGUGGGCUCACGCAGGCGGAGCAGCACAGGCUGAAGGGAUCCAAGCACUGUUCAAUGAGAUGAUGCGCCCUGGGGCAGAUGGAGGACAUGGGGUCGAAGAGUUUCAAGCGGGCAGGAAGGUGGAUUGGGAUGCAUACAUGCAACGACACUCGAAGUCCAAAUUGUGA